UCUACCCCUUGUUUUCUUGUUCAGAAAGAUUUGUUUGCUUGAAUUACUCUCACAGAGCAAGAAGAAGAAGAAGAAGAGAGCAAUGGAAGAUUCAAAGACGAUAGCACACGAAAUCGGAGGAGUGAGAAACGAUGCGUUUCGAUUCGGUCUUCAUGGUGUUAAGAGCGACAUCGUUGGAUCUCAUCCUCUCGAGUCUUCCUAUCACUCUACGAAGGUUAGGCAAGCGGAGAUGAAGCGGAAGAUACUUGCAAACACUUACGGCUCCGCUUUACCUAUGAAGUUAGAGCUUGAUCGCCAAAUUCUUUCCAGAUUUCAGAGGCCACCAGGGGCAAUACCAUCUUCAAUGUUGGGGCUAGAAUCCCUAACUGGAGGGCUGGACGACUUUGCUUUUGAGGACUACCUGAAUGAUCCUAAGGAUUCUGAGAGCUUUCGUCCAGUUGACAUGCAUCAUGGCGUGGAAGUGCGCCUUGGGCUUUCUAAGGGGCCUGUGUGUCCCAGUUUCAUUUAAACCAUUUGCAAUUGAUAUGUAAACUUAUAAUGCUGCUGCUGUAUACUAAUCUUCUAAAAGACUUGGGUGUCCUGGGUAUUCUUAAUAUUAGCUGGAUUUGGAAACCAACAA